GCUCGCUGCGAGGCGGCGGGCGGGCGGAAGUGGCGACGCUGGCGUCCCGAGAGGAGGCGGCGGGAGGCGGCGACAGCCCCGGCGCGGACGGCGGUAGCCCAGGGGGCGGCGUGGACGCCCGGGGCGCCGGUUGGGGCAUCACCGCGGGCCUCGACCCCGAAAUGGCGCUGCUGGCGGAGCACCUGCUCAAGCCGCUGCCCGCGGACGGGCAGAUCGAGACCGGGCCCUUCCUGGAAGCGGUGGCCCACCUGCCGCCCUUCUUUGAUUGUCUCGGGUCCCCAGUGUUCACGCCAAUCAAAGCAGACAUAAGUGGUAACAUCGCGAAAAUCAAGGCCGUGUACAACACCAACCCAGCCAAGUUCAGGACCCUGCAGAACAUCCUGGAGGUGGAGAAGGAGAUGUAUGGAGCAGAAUGGCCCAAAGUGGGGGCCACGCUGGCACUGCUGUGGCUGAAGAGGGGCCUACGCUUCAUCCAGGUGUUCCUGCAGAGCAUCUGUGAUGGGGAGCGGGAUGAGAACCACCCCAACCUUAUCCGCGUCAAUGCCAACAAAGCCUAUGAGAUGGCCCUAAAGAAGUACCAUGGCUGGCUUGUACAGAAAAUCUUCAAGGCAGCACUGUAUGCAGCACCCUACAAGUCCGACUUCCUGAAAGCACUGUCCAAGGGGCAGAAUGUGACAGAGGAGGAGUGCCUGGAGAAGAUCCGCCUCUUCCUGGUUAACUAUACUACCACCAUUGACGCCAUCUAUGAGAUGUAUACCAAGAUGAAUGCAGAGCUCGACUACACGGUGUAGGUGGCCCUAACACAUGGCCCCAAGUGGGAGCAAGCAAUCCCAAAUCACUGUGAAUCAAGCUGGAUCCCCAGCUCAGCCCCGAGGACAGCCUGGGCCAACAGGGGUAGCCUUGGCUUUUUAAAUCAUUUUAUUUUUUGGCCUGUUCUAAUGGAGCAAUAAACACCAACCCUCCUUGCACACCUCUCCAACUUUCCAGCAGUACAGGCUGAGCACAACUUCUUUCCAGUGUGAUAAAAACCAAUUAACGUUGCUAACAAAUCAAGUCCUAGGGGUUUUUUUUGUCCUUACCUCCCCCACCAGCAUCCCAGUUCAGGGGAGACAAACACCUCACUCUACAGGGAAACCAGGUCCUUAUGGGGAUCUUGUCUUAUGGGGAUUGAUGUCUUAGAUAUUUAAAGGACCAUGAACAGUUUGAUUGGAAGUUUUACAGGGCUCCUGCUGUGGCAUCUAUAUGACAAACAAGCUGGCGAGAGGUCCCUGGUGCCCUGCACAGCCCUGCACCAUCGCCUCAAACCCUGCACUCUUUCUGUCUUUUGGCAGACUGUUUUGUUUUUUAAAUAGCUGAAAUGUACCAGCAAGCCUUUUAAAGCAACUGACCAGGCACAUACAGGUGACUAUACGUAACUGUAUUUGCAUUCUUCUACAUAAUUAUUUUCUUCAGGGACGGCUUUUCCAUCUGAACAAAAUACCUGUUAUGGGAAUUCUCUAGAGGGGCCAAGAAGCCCUCCAGCUGUGGAGACCCAAGAAACUGCCUUGCUGCCUUAACUGCCCUGGCACUAAAAAUAGCUAUAUUUUUAAAAAGUAUUGGGGCAAAGAAACCCCAGAACUGAUGUUAAAAAAAAAAAAA